AUGUCUUCACCAUCUGACAUCAAAGACAACGGCGGCUGGACGGUCAUUUACGAUGACCGUAACGAGGAUGACCCAAAUUGCAAGAAAGAAGAGAAGCAGUCUCUCGCGCGAACGUUAUCUAUACCGAAGGCCAUGUGUAUCAUGCCUGACAACAAGACUGAGAUAUCCACAGUAGCUGAGCUGCCAUCCCCGAAGUUGAAACUGCCUCAGCUGGGGACUGACUCGGCGGAAAGAGUCUUUCCUGUUCGCUCAGUUGUCUCGUUUGAUUCCACACCGUCAUCCGCCCUCCAGACACCUUCCCUUGAUAAGCUUGAAACACCGAUAUCUCCUUUUCCGGACACAUGGAGCGCAGGCUUCACCAAUGAACAAGCCGCCCCUCAACAUAAGAAUUCACCCGAGAAGAGAAUGAAUUCUGAUGGUGGUGCCCCGGAUAGGCCCGACUCUCUCGUUCGACUGAAUCAAAAGAGUGGUGGCGGGGGCGAUGUUUCACCAGUGCUCAAAGGGCAAUCUUACGCCAGUCAUAAUCAUGACCAUUUGGAACAAUUGAAAAGCACUGUGCAAAACGGUGGCGAAAUCCUUGACUUCCACAAGACAACAACGGGAAUUUACUACUCGCAUGAAGAUGAAGAGGACAUUUUCAUUCAGUCAUUCGGUGCGCUCGUUGUGAUGACAGAGUCUAACGGUAACUUCGAAGUGCAGAUAGCGAGUGACAACACCAAGGAAAUCAUUGGGCAUUCUCCUGAUAACCUCUUCGAGCUUCAAACGUUUUGUGGUAUAUUGCCGUCCUGGCAACAGAGCAACUUUCUUGCUCAUGCUCAAUUUGUUUUGAGUGAUGACUACUCAAUCGAGGACUCUGGCCCGGAGGUUUUCUUUCUUUCUGUUUUAUCAUCUGACGGGUAUACCCAGGGUACUUGGUGUACCAUGCAUACCAGCACUGUAUAUAAGAACUAUGUGAUCUGUGAGCUACAACCUGAGGCUCAGGAAAGAAAGGAUUCCGACAUGGAGAAUCCCGAGAGUCAAACGACAACAUCAGAUAGUCGAAACUUGGAUAUGACUUAUGGGGCAUUUCUCGAGGAUGUACGUCCUCCGGGGGAAAGCCUUAAUACCAGAACCAGCAAAGUUCCAGAGUCAUCAGAGCUUCUCAACAAUGUCCCUCGAAUUGUCCAGCGCCUGGCAAAUUCUCAAACAUUGGAAGUACUCGUUCAACAUGCCAUUGCCACUUUGCAAAGUCUCAUUCAAUUCGACAGAACGACCAUGUAUCAUUUCGAUAGUGAUCGCAACGGAAUCGUGGUCGCUGAUGCGGUUGACACUUCGUCGGGCCUAACAUCGUACGAAGGCAUGCGGUUUCCGGAAUCGACCUUCCCCGACGGCGUGAAGAAACUAUAUACACGCAAUACUGUAUGUGCCUCUUUUUCUGGGAGCCAGGGCACUUCAAAGCUUGUGUAUCGGGCUUCCACCAACAAAAGGGCCCUCGACAUGUCAAAUACCUAUCUCUCUGCAGCACGUGCGCUCCCAACGCCGCACCCCGAUAAUCCCGUCAAGGCUUGUUUGUCAAUUCAAGUCAAGGUUUUUGGCAAGCUUUGGGGACUCAUAUCCUGUCAGUCUUACAACAGUAGCCAAAGACUCCAUCCGCUCAUCCAGAAGGUUUGCUGGUUUGUGGCCGAGGCGGUUUCAAGUAACAUUGAGCGCCUGUCCUACACCUUGCCGUUCCAAUUUCGAGGGCCGGGCAUCUCCUUGGACAAAGUGAGCACACCUCAGACUAUCAAGACUCCACCUGGUGAUCUUCUCAGUCUGUUCGGAGCAGAUUACGCUGCAGCGUCGAUUAUGGGCGAGUCCAAGAUAUUGGGGAAACCGGUUGACUCGCAGGAAGUUCUGGCAUUGUUUGAAUACAUGAAAGCUAAAGAGAACGAUACUGUGUUUUGGUCCGGAGAUAUCGCUACCGAUUUUCAGGAUCUCAACUACUCGCCCGGCUUUCAUCAUCUUUCCGGCUUGCUUUACGUUCCUCUUUCAGUGGACGGCCGUGAUUUUAUUAUCUUCUUUCGGGCUGAUUUAGAAAGUGGUAACCUCGCGUCUGAUUCAGAGCGAUCAAGUCGACAACAUGAGUGGUCAUCAGCAGAGUUUGGAAAGGCAUCUGUUCUGUCUUUGCUGUAUCGCACUUUCACUGAUAUAUGGCAAGAGAAAGAAGCUACAUUGCAGAACAACCAGUUGAUGAGGCUUUUACUCGCUAAUUCCGCGCACGAGUUCAGAACACCACUCAAUGCCAUCAUCAACUACCUAGAAAUUGUUCUUGACGGAUCUCUAGAUCAAGAGACACGGGAUCACAUUUCCAGAUCUCACUCGGCCUCCAAGUCGUUGGUGUACAUCAUCAAUGACCUCCUAGACCUCACAAAUGCCGAAAACGGACAACGUUUAAUAAAGGACGAGACAUUCGAUCUAUCAGAGACCCUCACGGAAGCAACAGACAUAUUCUGGGAAGAAGCAAGACAGAAGCAUGUCGAUCUGCAAGUAGUCCAACAUGCAGUCCUACCUCCCGUCCUUGGAGAUCAACGACGGGUACGCCAGGUGAUCACCAACCUGAUUAGCAAUGCGAUACAGCACACAUCCACGGGAGCAGUAACGAUCGAGUCUUGUGUCGUACCGGAGCCGCUGGAGCCAGAUCAUAUUUGUGUUGAAGUAGCAAUACACGAUACUGGGUCUGGCAUGUCCCAAGAGACUGUCGAGACAUUGUUCUGCGAGCUGGAACAAGUUUCCAACAAGGGAUACAUGCAGAAUCCCAAGUCAUACGAACGUACUUCCAGUGGCCAAGCGACUGAAUGUGUGCUUGGUUUGGGUCUCGCGCUAGUAGCCCGAAUCGUGCGCAAUAUGAACGGCCAGCUAAGCCUGAAGUCAGAAGAAGGCAAGGGAAGCUGCUUCAAGAUAAGGCUUGCGUUUCCUCUUCCGGAUGAAUAUAGUGGUCAAAAGCAGAACUUAUGCAGUACGUCAAACAAACCUCCGCAGGAAGAUGAAAGAAAACAAGACCCAAAGCAAAACACCAUAUCCUCAAGUUGCAUGACAAGCCAGAAAGCAGACGGUAUUCCGUGUGAAUGUGGUCAAACUUCUGAGUUUGAAUCAGCUGGAUCCAUCGUUAACGUCGAUGUAAGCCUGAAAACCGGCGAAUCAAGAAACCUCUCUCUUUCUGGCGAACCACUCAGACAGAGCAACAAGCCAGAUAAACCAACCACUUCCCUUCCAAAGAAAGACCUCAGUCAAUCAUCAGAAGUAUCCAAAUCUCAUAUCAGAGAAACCUUGUCGAUCUCACCAACAAAACCUCCAACAACCCAACCAAGCCCCUCUCCCACAAUGGACUGGAACCUCCACGUCCUCGUCGCGGAAGACGACCCAACCAACAGCACGAUUGUCCAAAAGCGCCUCGAAAAGCUUGGUCACACGGUACACAUGACAAGCAACGGAAAAGAAUGCGCAUAUGCGUACAAAGCGAAUCCCACUGCUUUCAAUGUAGUGCUGAUGGAUCUACAAAUGCCUAUCGUCGAUGGCCUCGGUGCAACACAGAUGAUACGCGAAUACGAGCAGCAAGAGCUAGCUAACGAGACCACGCCUGCACCUCGAAUUCCCAUUUUUGCUGUCUCGGCUUCCUUGCUCGAGGAUAAUCGCAAAAUGUAUAUGGAGUCGGGCUUUGAUGGGUGGGUUAUGAAGCCGAUUGAUUUCCACAGGGUUGAUCGGUUGCUUGGGGGUGUUAAGCUUCAAUGGGUGCGGGAGGAGGUUGUUUAUCGGCCUGGUGUGUGGGAGGCCGGGGGGUGGUUUGAGGCGUAG